AUGCCAAUGAACUUCAGGCUCCCCGCCCUAGACGUGUCCGGCGACUUGCCAGUCGACGAAGUGAACCCAAGUCAUGUUGACGAGUCUCUGCUUGAUCAGCCACAGGCAUUCGGUCUAGGAUCCUCCACGGAAGCCGCCGUGUAUCCACCGUAUGCCUUCAACAUGAGCAUCGCUGACAGCGGGCAUAUAUACAACGUAUAUGACGCAGAUGUACUGGAGUUAUAUGGCGUGCAAGGCAUCAUCACGGACACGUCGGCCCCAGAACCGCCCCGAGUCGAGUCUAUGCAUAAUGUCAACAUGUUCGACGGUCAAGCCGCUAUUCCGGUGCCUCAUCAACCUGACGUGGCCGAAACGUACUCGUUGUCCGACAACGCCCAGGAAUCUUCAUCGGUAUGGCUGCCUUAUACGCAACUGUGGUUGCGCGUGCUGACAUGGGAGGGAAAGCGUCAUGCAUCACAGCCCACGCCCGCAACCGACGAGGUGACGCACAUGACGUGCAUGUGGGAUGGGUGCGGCGCCCGUAUUCAGCUCACGAAACUCGCGAUCAAGGCGCACAUUAAGCAGACCCACCUCAAGAACGCGCGGUCCUUCGUGGACAAGGACAAAGUCAAGAUAUGCUGCGAGUGGGACGGAUGCAGCCUCGAGGUGACCAACUUCUGGAGGCACGUAUACGAGCGACACACCCAUGUCAUGCGCAAGGUGCCGUGCGAGCAAUGCACGGAGGUGUUUACGCGGCCGGGGUCUCUGCGCAGACAUCGCCAGAGGCACCCGGCGUGUGCCCCUCCUGAAGCCAUGGCGUAG